GUUUUUAACGCUCCUUGGACGUGAUUGCUCGAGAAAAUACGAGAAGACUUUUUAACACUGAAAAGAGGGUGUGGCCAUCCUGUGCUUAUAGACUCAGGUGAGAGAGACUCUGACGGGUGGAUUUACCAGCCUUACGGACAUAGCAGGACAUUAGCACGGCUUGGACACCUGUGGACAGUUGCAAACCAUUUCCCGAAGGGUUAAGACGUUGGUGUGUUUCUCUGCGUUAUCAGUGAGCUUCCCCAGCCUCACGAUGACCAGGUGUUCGUCCGUCCUCGCCUGUGUGGCGAGUUUGCUUGGACCGUUUGUCUUGCUGUUCUACGCUCUGUCCUUCUCUACGGAUUAUUGGGUAUCUUACACAGUGGAUCGGACUCAACUGCCUAAAGAUCUGAGAACUCAAUCCCGUUCAGAGAAGAGCCUAAGGUUUUACCACUCACGAAACAGGGGGCUUUUCCGCGAGUGUGUUCAAGGCAACGAGACUGAUUUUGUGGACGACAACAGUGGUUCCUUAGACAUCAAUUGUUUCAACGUCAAUUACGAACCGGAGAUAAAAACUGUCAGUGACAGGUACAGUGGCCAGUAUUGGGCUAGACUACAUUUAUUGCGAUGUCACUUGGCUUUCUUGGCCAUAGGGCUGGUAACAUAUACUGUUGCCUUUGUUGUUGGAAUGGUCAUCUGUUGUAAGCGACAUCCCGGUUUUCUUAAAGCCGCCGGUCUUUUCGCAUUCACGUCAGCAUUUUCCACGGCUGCUGCUAUAGCCUUCUUCCAUGGCGCUGAGUACAUAGAGAGGAACACGAUCACAGAUCGCUCUGACGGUGAACAGUUCUACCAGAAUUGGCCAAAGGAAUUGAAAGACGCGUCCAGCAGACGUUACGACUGGUCUUACAUUCUGGGCUGGACCGGCAUGAUUUUAGCGGCCAUAUGUGCAGUCUGCUACAUUAUUGCCGCAUGGAUGCUGAAAAGUGAACAGAAAAUGGAGGACUCUGAUGAAAUCCUCAAACACCGGUAUUCUGGCGGACCCAUGUUAAUUCAGGACCCGGGCUAUGUGGAGGACCCGUACUAUAACAAGAUGUUUUACCAACAUGCUCGUCCCGCGGCGGCCUACCCCUACAUCGUGGAGAUGUCCAACCGGCCAGCAGUGGCCUACGGUGAACACCACUGGCAAUGGCAGUAAUAGAAGGUACCCCAUACCACAUGACACUCUUUUGUGGAAUUCAAGCAACAAGUCCAAGGAAGAGAUCACACAUCCAGUGAUUAAACAGGGUUGCCAAGAUCCUGGUUGGACAUGUUUCGUCGUAAGGUCCUAUUAUUUUUAGAGUUUACUUCUCGUACGGGAUUUAAUCUACAAUUUACCCCUAAACAUUAGGAACAAAAAUGCAGGCAUGCACAGUUUCAAGGAAUCCUUCUUGUAUGGAAAGCAACGGUCGUUAUGGUUACAGCUUAGGGGAAGUCAACAGUACUUAUAUACAUAUACUAACACAGAUAACAGGUGUAUUACAGAAAUCCGACAAGUUGAGUAGAGCAGCUCGAUUACAUAGUUAACGUUAACAAAGGGAGCACCAUGAGAGGGAAGAUUUGCGCUUCUGUUUUUUCUGAAUAUCGGGACGUCAUGAUUUCAUAUAACGUAUAUGUACAAGUAUAAUUAUCACUGCACGACAGGACUUUGGCAUUCAGGUUUCUCCGUUGUAACAGAUGACUAUAGCUAUAUACGUUAUUUGGUUACGCGUUUAAUCUCAUCUUCUCGUUGGUCUCUAGCUGCGAUAUUAGUAGUGUGUUCUAUUUUACUACGCUUAUGAUUUUGCUGUCUUUGUCUCAAGAAGGAAACUAAAUCAUGCAAUAAGUUUCCAAAACACACAUUCCGAUACUAUACUUGUAAUCCACGAUAAGCUAACUUUGGCAUUUAUAACUUUUCGUAUUUAACUUAGUUAGCGACUUGCAUAUAUAUCACGUGCUGUCAGGAGUAACGUAUAUGUGCUUUUCGGUUAACGUUACAUUUUUGGUGUUGUAUUAUAUUGUACGAGUGUACGACUUGACUUAUCAUUGGGUUAUUCCGCAAACAGUUAUUCAACGUAAACUGUGACUGUUGUUUUAGCGUUGUCCAUAUAUUAGCUAAUUUGUGAAAAAAUGGUGAACUCUUUUCAUAGUCAUGCCUGUAAACAUUGUUGACAUAGUUCCGAGUGCGAAGUUCAGAUGCGCAGUUUUCCAACACCCAAGGAGAUCGUAAAAUAUUAACCUAGGACAACGCAGUUAGGGUAAUAUAUUUAAAGGGUAGUUUUAGUAAAUUUACCAUGUAUAUUGAUAACUGUAGCUAAUGGUAGCUGUGUGUAUAUGAACUUAUAUAUUCUUACCGUCCUGGUGCUGUGUUUAUGUAUCUUUGAAGGCCGUUCAAGUGUUAGUAGCAAGUCUGUUCUGCCAAUAGCGCUAUUUCACGAUUUUAAGCCCACCAUUCUCAAUCUGUGUAAUUUGAUGUCGGUCUACGGCAUAACUCAAUGAGUUGCUGCCCUAGUUAGUUAGUGCUAACUUAAUUUACAAUUUUCUGUGUCUUGUUUAUGCGAUCCUAUAUAAAGUUUCUGUCACGUCUAUGUAACAAUAACUGUUAAUUAUCUGACUGGACAACACACAAUGAGAAGAAAUGAUAUCUGCGUGAGCUCCCCAGAAAUUUUUACGGAAUAUAAUAUACCGUAUGUUUUACUGUUAGCCAUACUCCCGAGAUAUUGACUGAAUAGCACCGAUGCUUUUAUUUUAACAACUCACCUUAAGUUUAAACGGAACUCAAUGUCAAACUUUUCAUAUGCAUUAUGAAAGUCCACCUUACCUGUACAUAUCAUUACGUAUAGACAUGUAUAACUGUUUUGCAAGCGUACUAUAUUUUUGUGAUGUUAUCUUUAAUAGCCAGAUAUUAAUAUUUCGAGUGCUACCUUUAUAACUGACUUCCAUGUCAUAUAUUUAAGAUUUACAUGAUACAUAUAGAGAGAGAUAGAACAAUAAAGUGCUGCCUAUAUUUAAGAAUUUAUCUAUGCAAUUGAAAUCUGUCUUCAAAUGUUGAUACCACUGAGAGCAAUAAAGUUCAACUGUUU